AAGGUCAACAUCAAGACCCGAAUCGUCACCGUUGAGGGUCCCCGAGGCAAGCUCUCCAAGAACCUCGGCCACCUGGCUGUCAACUUCGGCCACCCCAAGAAGAACACCAUCUCGAUCGAGAUCCACCACGGCAACCGCAAGAAUGUCGCCACCCUGCGUACCGUCCGCUCCAUCAUCGAGAACCUGAUUAUCGGUGUCACCAAGGGCUUCAAGUACAAGAUGCGAUACGUCUACGCCCAUUUCCCCAUCAACGUCAACCUGGACAAGAACAAGGAGACUGGUCUGUACGAGGUCGAGAUCCGAAACUUCAUCGGCGAGAAGAUUGUCCGACGGGUAACCAUGCACGAGGGUGUCGACGUCGAGAUCUCCAAGUCCCAGAAGGAUGAGCUCAUCCUCACUGGCAACUCACUCGAGAAUGUCUCCCAGAGCGCCGCAGAUAUCCAGCAGAUCUGCCGGGUGCGCAACAAGGAUAUCCGAAAGUUCUUGGACGGUCUGUACGUUUCUGAGAAGGGCAACGUUGUGGAGGACGCUUAAAUGUACCGGACAAGGAUCUCUGUUUCUUUUGCGUUUCUGGGACUCCGGAGUGGCGAAGGUUCAUCAUUGCAUGUCACGUAGCAACGGGGCUACUCUUUUAAAACAAAAAUAUAUUAAAAGUAAAGUGAACAGCGAUGGCCACUCAACAUUUCUUCCCUCCUGUCUACUUGCUGUAGCUCAUAUCUAUGAUGAAUCGCACU